ACGCGUCUGGUUCAGCUUGACCUCCAUUUUCUUUCCUUUCCUUUUCAUAUAUUUUCAUUUUCUGUAUUGAAUCAGAUUCCAACUUCUUUCACAUCCUCCGGACCUUCUCUUCAGUUUCAUCGAUUCCUUGGUUUCUCAAUUCCAUCUCUAGUUCUAAUGUAUCUUUCAGAUACGUACUGUUGGGGGCUUGAAUUUGACAGCCCAUCGGUAAGUUCAUGACCAUCUGAUUCUCUCGGACUGUAAUUUGACAGGGCCGGCUUGGUCGAUUGAUGGGAGUUCCAUUGGAAUCUUAUCGUCCUGUUGCGUUUUCAUUCUGAACUUUACGUAUUACUUGAUUUUGGUGUUUGCUAGCAAAAUUGGCUUAUUUAUAUGGAAACACUAGCAACUGGAUUUUUGUUAGUAUCUUGAUACUAGGUUUGCGUGCGGAGGAUUGGGUUCGUUGGGUUUUGGUUGAUUACUGUCUUGAAAACUCAAAAGGUUUAGUUGGGUUUUCUUUUGAUUUCUUGAUUGAAGACGGUGUUUGGAAGAUAUGGUUGAUUGUUUUCUUGGUUAUUGUCUAUCUUGAAUGUAAUUUAUCCUGUGCUGGCAACAAAAGUUCUUUCUGGUGACCUGCAUUGUAGUUAUAAGCUGGCUGGGUUUUGCCACUUUGGGAGUCACUGAUUGAAUUUGGUGGAGUGUAGACCGUUCACCUUUGUUUCUGAGUCUUUUGAUUAGGAAUGGAGUACCUUCCUGUUGAAGUCAUUGGUAACAUACUAUCCCGGCUUGAGGAAGCACGAGAUGUUGUGAUAGCGUCAACAACCUGCAGGAAAUGGCGAGAGGCUUGGCAGAACCAUCUCCGUACCCUUUCUUUCAAUUCGAGUGUCUGCCCCAUAUUCCAUGAUCUCACGGCAAGUAGAUUAGAAAUUUUAAUUACUCAAACAAUUCUCCAGACCACUGGACUUCAAUGCCUAUCAAUUAUUAUGGAUGACGUUGAUGAGUUCUCAGCUGCCCCAGUGAUUGCUUGGCUGAUGUAUACCAGAGAGACCUUGCGCCAACUACACUAUAAUGUAAGGACAACCCCUAACAUUAAUAUUCUUGAAAAAUGCGGUCGACAAAAGCUGGAAGUAUUGGUUUUGUCUCAUAAUUCUAUCACUGGUGUUGAACACAGCUAUCAGAAAUUUCCUUGCUUGAAGUCUCUUUCGUUGAGUAAUGUCACUAUCUCAGCAUUGGAUUUGAGUCUUCUGCUUACUGCCUCCCCAAAAAUUGAGGUAUUGUCCCUAACCAAUCUAGAUAUUGCUAUGUCAGAUACACAGACAACAAUGGACUUGAAUAGUGUCUCUUUGAAGGAUAUAUAUGUUGAAGCUGUUAGUUUGGACAAGUUCAUAUUGGAGGCAGAUAGCCUUGAGAAGUUGCACUUGAAAGAUUGUACUCUUGAGGUUUUUGAACUUGUCAGCAAGGGGACCUUGAGAUUUCUCAAGAUUGAUGAUGUCAGUGUCAUCCAAAUUGAAAUAGGUGAAGGUGCCGAAAAUCUUGAGGUUGUGGAUGUUAGUAAUUUCACAAUCAUGUGGCCAAAGUUUCAUCACAUGAUAUCUAGAUCAUCCAAAUUGAAAAAGCUUCGGCUUUGGGGCGUUGUUUUUGAUGAUGAGGAUGAGGUUGUGGAUCUAGAGACAGUAUCUGCAUGUUUUCCUUUGUUGAAGCAUCUUUCCUUAUGCUAUGAUCUAAAGGAUGGAGCAGUUCAUUGCGGCCUGCAAGGCUCAUUUCAAUUUGAAAAUGUGGUUGUGUUGGAGCUAGGGUGGACCGUGAUUAAUGACCUGUUCUCACACUGGGUUUCAGAAUUUCUUGAAAGAUGCCCCAAUCUUAGGAAGCUGGUCAUCUAUGGUGUUGUAUCUGAGGCCAAGACUCAUGAAGAGUGCCAAAUGUUAGCCAAUUUUACCUCGUCCAUUGUUAGGCUUAUGAGGAAAUAUUUGCAUGUGGAGAUACAGUUUGAAUAUGAAUGAUGAUAAACAAGGUUUCUGGGAACUCAAGUUUUGGUGAAGUUUGGGUUGUACAACAGGUAUUAGACACUCAACAGAGAUUCUGAUAUCCUCUUCAUUUGGAAAAAUGUUUCAUUUUCUUCUCCUUCCAGCAUAAAUUUUUGAUUGAACAAAUGUAUAUCUACCCCAUUAGUUGUGUAGAAGGUCAUGUUGCCCUUAGUUUGAUUUUAUCUUUCUUCCUUGGAUUUAGGCAGAAUCUUUUCAAUCAUUUUGUUUUCUUAAUGUUGGUAAGACUCCCUCUAUAUUUCAUUUUUGGUACA